CUAUAGAUCAAAACAAGAAUUAUUUUUUUCUGAUACAAAAAUUGAAAACUAAAACAAUGAAAGUGUUGAUUUUCUCACUGAUAACUUUCAUCUUUGUUGCGAUAAUUUAUGCCAAACCUAAAGACGAUGUUGAAGAUCAGUCGCUACAAGGCAGUGAAAAUACUUCUCAACGAGCAUUUUCGACAAGAGAUCACAAUUUGGAGGAAAACAUAAUUCUUACCUUUCUAUCCAAGAUAGCAGUGCUAAUAGAUGAUGUAGUAACCAAAGAAACAAGUAAAACUCCAGUGGAAGUCAAAACAUCAAUGGAAGAUCCCGAUAAGUUGUCGUCUGAUUUGAGUAUCCCAAAUAAGAUCGAACAACGGCAAUGCGAGGAUGAAUGUGUUUUUGAAUUUUUAGUUCCAUUCUGUUACGUUCUGGAUAUAGACGCUUAUUGUCCAAAUGGAUUUGCCUGCUGUCUCUCGGAGGGAAGUAACAUACCAACGGCUACUCCAAGACCGACUCCAGCGCCGAAAUGUGAGCACAACUCCACCGCAACAAAAAUAGAGCGACCUCAGACUACGUCAACAACAGAAAAACCAAUAAAAAUUACUACAGUAACAGCUCAAACGAUUAGGCCCACACAAAAAGUGGAAACGUCGACGAAAUCUGCAACGGUCAAUGAAGGUGGAACAUGUCCAGGCAUUUGCGUUGACGAUGAAAUUGCUGUUGUUUGUGGAUUAAUAACAGAUGGAUUCUGCAAAACUGGUACAAAGUGCUGUGUUCCAACUCAUUCUUAUCCCAACGAAAUUCACAACAAAUUCUUUGCGGCGAAAAAUAAUGAAUAAAUGUUUUGAAAUGAAAUCAAUCGUCUGUAUUUUGUCACAAUUGCAGGUUAUUGAACUUGUUUUGUUUGAAGGUUGUUAUGAUCAUUGGCUUUUGAUAAAUGAACCGAAUUGUAUGAAAAUGUCAAUUAUCCUUACAAACAAGUAGGUUCCAAUGAUGAAUCAGAAUUACUGUAGAAGAUGUCUUUUCAAUUUAUUUCGUUUAAAUUAACCAUCUUUGUUUCUACGGUUCUAUUCAGAAUUUUUGUGUAUGAUUUUUUUAAA